GAGAAAGACAGUGACAGUGAAGAUGGUGUCUUGGAUCAUCUCCCGUGCUGUGGUGCUUGUCUUUGGUUUGCUGUACCCUGCAUAUGCCUCAUACAAAGCUGUGAAGACAAAGAAUGUUCGGGACUAUGUGCGUUGGAUGAUGUAUUGGAUUGUAUUUGCUCUUUUUAUGACUGUAGAAACAUUUACAGACAUUUUUAUUGCCUGGUUCCCCUUUUACUAUGAGAUUAAGAUGGCCUUUGUGGUAUGGCUUUUGUCCCCGUACACAAGAGGAGCCAGCCUUCUGUAUAGGAAGUGUAUUCAUCCUACUCUGUCCUUGAAGGAGAAGGAGAUCGAUUCCUACAUUAUACAGGCAAAAGAACGAAGUUACGAGUCGUUUGUGAACAUUGGGCGCAAAGGUCUAAACAUAGCAGCCAGUGCGGCAGUGCAAGCUGCUACCAAGGGUCAGGGAGCGUUAGUGGGGAGGCUGAGGAGUUUCAGUAUGCAGGACUUGCGUGCUCUUCCCGACGACACCCCUAUACACUACACUGAUGCCCUGUAUCCUGAUGAACCUCAACUGCACCGCAGGCCAAUGGGGUUCCCAACCACCUCUCAAGCUGAUAGUGACUCUAUGGAUGAACGCUGGUCAGAUUCUGAAAUUGCUGAAACAAGGACGGCAGCUAGGACAAGGGGAGGCAUGCCAUCUAAAUCACUACAGAGGAGCCAGAGUCUGCGGGUUUCCAAGAAGAAGGGGCUGAGUCGAGAGGUCUCUACAAAAACAACCAAACCCAGAGCAAAGAAGAAGCCUGCCCAAUCAGAACCUGAAAACUAAUAUGGGGUCUCAUUGACUGACUUGAGGGAAUGCUGUAACUCUUCUAUGAAGCAAAAACACUGAAUUUUAUGGAUGAGCGGAUGUCCCCACUGAGCAGGAUUUCUGAGGUGGCGGAUUUCUGAGGUGCCGGAUUAAUUUCAACCUGCCAUGGAAGUGACAUGCUUGUGGAUGUUAGUGUGUAUGUGUAUCUAUGAAAAACGUGGGUUGUAUUGCCUCACACAGGGCCUUCUAUACAAACUGCUGAUACCAUUUUUGCACCUUUUUCACUGGUUGCUACUGAGUUCCAAUCCUGACAGUAUCCACUGCGGCCUGGAACAGCUGAGCGGGACAGAAAUAAUCACACCCUCACCCUCCAUUCUUCAGCUUUCUGUAUUUAUGUAUCCCUCAUUCCUUUCCCUUUCUACUGUUCCUUUUGCUGCCUCCCACAACCCUGGCCAAUCAUAUCCCAGGAUUUGCAGUACUCCUGUCUAAUCCAGGAGCAGAGACAAAUCCAUGCACAUUCUUUUCUUUACAGGGAACAAAGUGUACAAACAUCUGCUCACUGUGUUGAUGAGCUAGUGAUAUAUAGGUGUGUUUAUGCGUCUGUGGCAGGUGACCGUGUUGUUGUGAAUCUCUUGUACUGUACACUACAUUUCUGCCCUAUUGACACAUCAGUGAUUCUUCCCUCAUUCUGUCUGGGAGAAUUUCAUUGCCACUAACAGAUCUCAAAGGGAUACUGUCAUGGGAAAACAUGUUUUUUUUUGUUUUUUUUCCCCCCAAAACGCAUCAGUUAAUAGUGCUGCUCCAGUAGAAUUCUGCAAUGAAAUCUGUUUCUCAAAAGAAAUAUAUAUUUUUUUUUUUAUAUUUCAUUUUGAAACCUGACAUGGGGCUAGACAUAUUGUCAGUUUCCCAGCUGCCCCCAGUCAUGUGAUUUGUGCUCUGAUAAACUUCAGUCACUCUUUACUGCUGUACUGCAAGUUGGAGUGAUAUCACCCCCUCCCUUUACCCCCCCCAGCAGCCUAACAACAGAACAAUGGGAAGUUAACCAGAUAACAGCUCCCUAACACAACAUAACCGCUCCCUGGUAGAUCUAAGAACAACACUCAAUAGAAAAGUCCAGGCCCCACUGAGACACGUUUUAGUUACAUUGAGUAGGAGAAACAGCCAGAAAGUAGUUCCAUCCUAAAGUGCUGGCUGUUUCUGAAAGUACAUGACCAGGCAAAAUCACCUAAGAUGGCACCUACACACCAAUAUUUAGGGUUGCCUCCUUUACUUAAAAAUAAUACCGGCCAGUGGGGGCGGGCACUAAAAGGGGGUGGUCCGCGUCACAAAAAGGGGCGGAGCUACACGGUGUGCGUCAAAAGGGGCGGAGCAACAUCGCAGAGACGUCAACGGUGCUGGAAAAAGGUUCUUUGCGAAUUGGGGGCAGGUCAGGGCCUUUUUUUAAAGGGUAUUACAAAUUACCGGCAACGGCCCAGCCUUGGCAGGUGUUUUACCGGCUAGGCCGGUAAAAUACCGGCCGGGUGGCAACUCUACCAAUAUUACAACUAAAAAAAUACACCUGCUGGUUCAGGAAUUAAAGUUUAUAUUGUAUAGUGAAUUAUUUGCAGUGUAAACAGUGUAAUUUAGAAAUAAAAACUAACAUCAUAAAGAUCAUGACAGAAUCCCUUUAAGGCUGACUGAUCAGCUCUCUCUAUCACAAUGUGACAUCACAAGGAAAACACUCUCUUAUCCUUUGCACUGUCCAAUUCCACUGAGAGUGCAUUUAAGGGCCAUCAAAGGGAAACAAAUUCUGUCCUUUAAAUGUGCUUGAAAUAUUUGUGUUAUGCCUGUGGUACAUAGCAGUGCCAGAUUGCAUGUUUCUGAGCACUGGGUUGGUUCUUUUACUAUGGUGAAGUACAUCUCUUAAUCAAAUAGUGCUGGACAAGAGAACCCCCCCUCCCCCCCGUUAUGAGAAACUUGAAGGCUGCUGGUAGUUGUAGUGCAACACUGGGUGGAAAGUAGGUUGGACCUCUUUGUAAAUAGUUAUUAAACAGGGCUUUGUACAGCUUGUAUCUGGCUGACAGUGGCAGUUUAGCAACUGCCAGGCGGGGAAUGUAAUGAAGCAGGUGCAAAGUUUGCUCCCGUUUUAGCAACUCAUAGCAACCAAUCUACAUGAGGCAUUUACUGGUCGGUUGUUUGAAAGCAACAUCUGAUAUCUUGCAAUGCAUUUCAAGACCUCCUGCUAAAUGUGCAAAUAUAAUUUAAAUGCCUUUUUUUUUACGUAAAGGGGGUCAAAUCCCAAUCAAAAUCGGUUACUUUUGCAAUUAACAUUACUUUUUUUUUUUUUCAUGAUAGCAUAGGUUUUUAAUGUUUUUUCACUAGCAGCCUUAAGAUGUACCCCAUCCGACAUUUUUCAUUUCUAUACCCAAGCCAAUUUCACCCACUGCUGAUGUCACCAGAGGGGACGGGGUCAUAGGGAGCAUAGAAAGGAAUAGUCGUUAACUACAACUCCCGGCAACAGCUGAAAGCCUGAAACCUGUUCUGCUUGUUGGUGGUGGGCAGGGGCUCUUAAUUGAGUGCAAUAUUUCCAAUUUCCUCUUAUUUCAUGUAUAAUAAUACAUGUAUGUAUGUACAUGAGAUUAAUGUGUUUUUAACUAUUUUUUGUUUAGUAGAAAUGUUUUUUUUCCCAUAUAUUAAUGAUGGUUUAACGCCAAUGAUAUUGGUUGUUGUGUGAUUUAGGAUGUGCCACCCAUCCUACCCCUACUGUGCCUUGUUCUCUCUGCACUAGGGCUUGGACAGCCACUGAAAGAGGUCGUUCACCUUUGUUAACUUUUAGUGCUAUUCUGAGACAAUUUGCAAUUGGUUUUCAUUUGUGUUUUUUGAGUUAUUUAGCUUCUUAUUCAGUAACUCCUCCUUUUGCAAUUUCAGCGACCAUGCAUUGAUUUGAAUGAGAAUAUGGAAAAUUAAUCAGGGAGCGUCUGAAAAGAAAGAUAAUAAAAAUAAAAAGCAGGCAAUAACAAUAAAUUUGUAGCCUUACAGAGAAUUUGUUUUUAGACGGGGUCAGUGACCCCCAUUUAAAAGCUGAAAAGAGUCAGAAGAAGCAGGCAAAUAAUAAAAAAAAAAACUAUACAAAAUAAAUAAUGAAGACCAAUUGAAGUAGCUUAGAAUUAGCCAUUCUAUAACAUACUAAAAGUUGAAGGUGAACCACCCCUUUAAGUCAAGCCCUUCGUGUGUUUUAUAUGUGUGUGUGAGAUGUUUGUCGCUGAAUACAAAUCUGCUAUAUAUUCAAGUGGACCAGCAGAGCCAAAAGACACCUUUCCAAGUGCCAAAGAUUCCACGCCUGCUGAAAACAUAUGGGUCAGUCCCACCCAUGGGCAUCAAGUGACCUAAACACAAAGAAUCUCUGUUUAGGCCCUGACGGGGCUCUCCAAUCACAUUGGUCUUAUCUGGGGCUGAACAAAGUGCCUAAUGCUUCUAUGCAAUAUAUGUUUUGAUAUGCAAAUUAAUAAAUCACUUUCUGCCAA